AUGUCUCCUGGCCAAAACAAAACAACUUUACAGGAUUAUUCAAAUGAUUAUGUAUCAAAUAUAAGAAUAGAUGACAAUUAUGUUUUAAUGAAUUCUACUAGUGAAAAAACGAUUAGUUGUCGUAAAUUUCAACCAGAUGGAAAAUUUUUUAACAUUUCUACAUCAAGAAUAAUUGACUCUAAUUUAUUAAAAAUUUAUAUCGAAAUAUUGAAUUCAACAUUGGCUAUGAUUCAUUUAAAAUCAAAUGGUUAUCUAGGAAUAUUUAAUUUAAAUUGUUUUAGUACAGGAGAAGAAAAAUAUGGAGACACGGCCGAUGUUAUAAUAGGAGACCAACCUGGUUCUAUAAUUCUAAAAGAUACCUGUUUUAUUAUAAAUCGUACACUCGUUGAAUGUGUAUUCACUGCACCAGUGAUUAGUCAAGCAUUCAAAAAUGGAUUUCCACACAUAUUUCAAUUUGAAGAAAAGAGACAUUACUCUGAUCCAAAAUAUUUCCACAAUAUUGAAUUGAAUAAUAUAGUCAAUGAUGAUCUUGUAUUUUAUCUUUAUCCAACCAUAUCUAGUCAAAUACCCGAAUUUGUUGUCAUGAUUUUGAAUGUAACAAUAAAAUUAUUCAAUUCAUCUGUAUAUAAAUUUCGAAUGGAGCCAGGUACUGAUAAAAUUCCAGCCAAAAGUUUAAAACUUUUUGCUGAUGUCAUUUCACCGCAAUGUGAUAUAAAUGAGCCAGAAUAUCAUUUUAUCAAAAAAUCACCAACUACAAUAGAAUUAACCAUGACGAACAAUAUCGAUGAUUAUAAGGGUAAAAAACCAUAUUGUAAAGGUUCAAUUACAAAACUGUUACCAAAUUCAUCACGAGAAAAACAAGUAAUGUUCAUUAAUAUACGAAAAUUCAAUUUCACAGUUUGUUUUUGA